AUGGCGGUGCGUGUGCAGGAAAAGCCUAAGAAGGCUGAAGACGAAGGCCAUGUCUCAAGUUGCGUAAACAACCUCAUAGAAGCGUUCACAAAUGGACUCAACAUCUUCAAAAGACUGCGCGAAAGAAGGCGAAAACACAAAUCGCGCAAGCAGGACCAGACUCCUGAGCCCAUCAAUAGCGCAGAGCUUCAGUUGUCCAAUUCGUUGCGCAGAGGACCACAAGACCUAGCGGAGAGGUACGAAGAGUGUUAUGGACAGAGUGGAAUGGGACACAGGUUCGCAAAGGGUGAUUCAAUCGCACAUGCUUCUCUUGCCGAGAUCCUCAUCAGACUCAACACAGGACUCGUAGGCAUCAUCACUACCUUUCUGCACCAUGACCACAAGGGCACCCACAGCGCCAUGAAUCUGAACUACAAGUCUCUAACAGACUUGUCUGAAGCAUCAAGACGUGACGCGCUGACCAGUAUGAGCCAACUCUACAACCGCUUGAGCCAUUCGCAGCUCCAGAUCCACCCUGCACUUCGAUCAAAGACCCCCCAAUACUGUGACUCUUCAGACGGCAACUCCAGCUCUAGUAACAGCAAAGACAAGAAGAAGUCUUCGAGCGCGCGGCGACCCAGCGGCUCGCACGUGACGCGCAUGCCCAUCAAGAGCUCCAGCCAACCGCAGCUCUGCGUCGUGCGAUCCAAGUCGCGAAACACAUCAAGAAAAGACAGUGUAUCGAGCAGCAGCUCUAUUACAUCAAAGCCGACUUUAAAGUCAAGCUCACCCUACGCAUCCCCCCUGCAAUCCCCAGUGCCCGAGUACGCAGUCCUCGACCCAUUGAUGCACGGAAGACUAGACUUCAGGAGCGCCGCAUACGCGCGCGGCGCCUACGCAGACGUCCCAGCACCGCUAAACAUAGCGCGCAAACGUGUCGACUCGCUUGACGUUGUGCGCCCGGUCGCCUGGUCACCCUACGCGCAACCCUACGACUACUUCAGCUACAUGCCGGAGCACGUCCACACGCCAACGCCAGCUCUUCCGACCUUGGCGCCAACACCGAGGAAGAGCCCUGCACCACCAGCAUCGCGGAGAGCGCCGCCUGUCCCCUCCAAACCCUCGUCCAUGGCGAGCGCCAGCAAGCCGCCGCCCGUGCCUGCCUCGGCCCCGAUGAAGCGGCGGCUCGACAAAGUGACGCCCAGCUCGUACACGUUUGCCAGCGAUAGCACGAAGCUGGGCGAGAUCCCGGAGACUAGGUGGGCCAGGCCGUGGGAUUAUGAGCAGGCGGAGAUGCUGAACAACAUGGCUGCUGCUGCUGCUAAAGUGAACGUACUCGUACCCGUUACGACUGGCGACGACAAGGGGAAGGACAGGGGAAGGAAGGGGUUGAAGUUCUGGAAGCGCGGAGAGACUGCUUGA